AUGGGGAAGAUCAAGAUUGGCAUCAAUGGAUUUGGAAGAAUCGGCCGUUUGGUGGCCAGAGUGGUAUUGGAGAGAGAUGAUGUGGAGCUUGUUGCCGUUAAUGAUCCUUUCAUCACAACUGAUUACAUGACUUACAUGUUCAAGUAUGACACAGUUCACGGCGUUCUAAAAAACCGUGAAAUUUCAGUUAAGGACAACAAAACUCUCCUUUUUGGCGCUAGUCCCGUCGCUGUUUUUGGUUGCAAAAAUCCCGAAGAAAUUCCAUGGGGUGAGGCUGGAGCUGAAUAUGUUGUGGAGUCUACCGGAGUUUUCACCGAUAAAACCAAGGCUUCUGCCCAUUUGAAGGGUGGUGCAAAGAAGGUAAUUAUAUCCGCCCCUAGCGCGGACGCACCGAUGUAUGUAGUUGGUGUGAAUGAAAAAGAGUACAAGUCAGAUGUUGAUAUUGUUUCUAAUGCUAGCUGCACAACCAACUGUCUUGCUCCACUUGCAAAGGUCAUUCAUGACAAAUUUGGUAUUGUUGAAGGUCUCAUGAGUACUAUCCACUCUAUUACCGCCACUCAAAAAACUGUGGAUGGACCAUCAAUGAAGGAUUGGAGAGGUGGUAGAGCUGCAUCUGUUAACAUCAUUCCUAGCAGUACCGGAGCUGCAAAGGCUGUUGGUAAGGUACUGCCAUCAUUGAACAACAAGUUAACAGGAAUGUCAUUCAGAGUCCCGACCGUAGAUGUUUCGGUGGUUGAUCUUACAGUUAGGCUCGAAAAAGGAGCAAGCUAUGAUGAAAUCAAAGCUGCAAUUAAGGAAGCAUCUGAGGGAGAGUUGAAGGGCAUCCUAGGUUACACUGAGGAUGAUGUUGUGUCUACUGACUUUGUUGGUGACAGCAGGUCAAGCAUAUUUGAUGCAAAGGCAGGAAUUUCUUUGAAUAACAAUUUUGUGAAACUUGUUUCUUGGUAUGACAAUGAAUGGGGAUAUAGUUCACGUGUGGUUGACUUGAUCCGACACAUGGCCUCAGUUAAUUGA